AUGGCCAAAAGGAGGCCCUUCGAGCGGCUACCCACGGAUGUGUACCCUGUCAACUACGGGCUCUGUCUGCAGCCCGAUCUGGUCAACUUCACGUUCAGCGGCAAGCUCCAAGCGAUGGUGGAGGUGACACAAGCCACCAAUCAGAUUGUGAUGAACUGUGCCGAUAUCGACAUCAUUACAGCCUCCUUUGUGCCUCAGGGAGGAGAUGAAAUUGACGCCACAGGAUUCAACUAUCAAAAUGAGGAUGAGAAAGUGACUUUGUCCUUUCCAAGUGCUCUAAAAAAAGGUUCUGGUGUGUUGAAGAUCAAGUUUGCAGGGGAGCUGAAUGACAAAAUGAAAGGUUUCUACAGAAGUAAAUACACCAACACCGCAGGAGAGACGUGCUACGCCGCCGUCACACAAUUUGAAGCCACAGAUGCCCGCAGAGCGUUUCCCUGUUGGGACGAGCCUGCAAUCAAAGCUACUUUUGAUAUCACGCUGAUCGUCCCCAAGGAUUGCGUCGCCUUGUCAAACAUGAACGUUGUCGAGCGCCAGCCCUACCCGAGCGAAGACGAGCUCGUGGAAAUCAAAUUUGGCACCACACCCAUCAUGUCCACGUACCUGGUGGCUUUUGUCAUCGGCGAGUUCGACUUUGUGGAGAGCCAGUCGUCUGACGGUGUGCUAGUACGAGUCUAUACGCCGGUGGGGAAGGCGGAGCAAGGUCGCUUUGCACUGGAGGUAGCAACAAAGACGUUACCUUUCUACAAAGACUACUUCAAUGUUCCUUAUCCUUUGCCUAAGAUUGAUUUGAUUGCUAUUGCUGACUUUGCAGCUGGUGCCAUGGAAAACUGGGGCCUUGUGACCUACAGGGAGACAGCCCUGCUUAUUGACCCAAAGAACUCAUGCGCAUCUUCCAGGCAGUGGGUGGCGCUGGUGGUGGGUCAUGAACUCGCCCACCAGUGGUUCGGUAACUUGGUCACUAUGGAAUGGUGGACACACUUGUGGCUCAAUGAGGGCUUUGCCUCGUGGAUCGAGUAUUUGUGCGUUGACUACUGCUUCCCAGAGUACGACAUCUGGACGCAGUUUGUGUCCGCUGACUACACACGUGCCCUGGACUUAGAUGCUCUGGACAGUAGCCAUCCGAUCGAGGUGAAAGUUGGCCAUCCAUCUGAAGUGGACGAAAUCUUUGACGCCAUCUCCUACAGCAAAGGGGCAUCAGUCAUACGAAUGUUGCACAACUACAUUGGAGAUGAGGACUUCAGGAAAGGAAUGAACGCCUAUUUGUUGAAGUUCCAGCACAAAAAUGCCUCAACAGAGGACCUAUGGCACUGUCUGGAGCAGGCCAGCGGGAAACCUAUCGCCACUGUGAUGGGUUCGUGGACCAAACAAAUGGGAUUCCCCAUUAUUGUAGUGGAACAGGAACAGCACGGCGAUGACCGGAUCCUCAAGAUCUCUCAGAAGAAGUUCUGCGCUAGCGGACCACAUAAUGGCGAGGAUUGUCCAUACUGGAUGGUACCUAUAAGCAUCUGUACCAGCAAGGAUCCCACCUGCAGUAAACUCCAGGUUUUACUGGACAAACCAGAGACCACUGUCACCGUGCAAGGCGUCACCCCCGACCAGUGGGUCAAGAUCAAUCCUGGCACGGUGGGCUUCUACCGCAUCCAGUAUAGCUCACCCAUGCUACAGAGCCUGCUACCCGGUAUCCGAGACCUCAGCUUGCAGCCAGUGGACCGCCUCAGUCUUCAGAACGACCUCUUUUCCCUGUCCCGUGCAGGCAUGAUCAGCACAGUGGAAGUGCUGCGUCUGAUGGAGGCUUUUGUCAACGAGCCCAACUACACAGUGUGGAGCGACCUCAGCAGCAACCUGGGCGUGCUGUCCUCGCUGUUGUCCCACACCGAAUUUCACGAGGAAAUCCAGGAGUUCAUCAGAGACCUUUUCACGCCCAUUGGCCUCCGCCUGGGCUGGGACUGCAAGCCCGGAGAAGGCCACUUAGAUGCCCUGCUAAGAGGUUUGGUACUUGGCAAGUUGGGUAAGGCGGGACACAAGCCCACCCUGGAAGAAGCCCGACGGCGAUUUAAGGAUCACGUGGAUGGCAAAAACAUUCUCCCUGCGGACCUCAGGAGCCCGGUUUAUUUAACGGUGCUGAAGCAUGGCGACAGCAGCACAUUAGAUACCAUGCUCAGGCUUCACAAGCAAGCGGACAUGCAAGAAGAGAAGAAUCGCAUUGAGCGAGUACUUGGCGCCAUCUCUGCACCAGACCUCAUCCAGAGAGUGCUCACCUUUGCCCUCUCGGAAGAGGUUCGUCCUCAGGACACGGUGUCCGUGAUCGGGGGCGUGGCCGGCAGCAGCAAACACGGCCGCAAAGCUGCCUGGAAGUUUGUAAAAGACAACUGGGAGGAGCUUCACAAUCACUAUCAAGGCGGAUUCCUACUGUCACGGCUCAUCAAGUUGACAGUGGACGGAUUCGCCAUCGACAAAAUGGCUUCAGAAGUCAAGAGUUUCUUUGAGAGCCACCCGACGCCGGCAGUGGAGCGCACGGUGAUGCAGUGCUGCGAGAACAUACUGCUCAACGCGGCCUGGCUGAAGCGAGACGCUGACGACAUCCACCAAUAUCUAAUGCAGCGCAAGGCGCCCCCCUUUUGA